GCCAUGUCGCAAUUGUCGCCGGCAGUUUCGCUCGUCACUUUGCUGCUGGCGGCGGCGCCCACCUACCAGUGGCCGUACCCAUUUUGGUCCGGUGCGUCCUCCAGCAAACAGGAUACGGUUGUUCCCAGGGUUCUAGGAUUCUUCCCGGAGCCAGUGGCGGAGGAGUGCUUGUCGUCGGACAAGCGUCGCCGCGGAAUAUGCAUGAACACGUACGACUGCCGCAUCCAGCGCGGCAGCUUCCACGGGCCUUGCGCCCUUGGCUUCGGCAUCUGCUGCGUCUUCACCACGAGCUGUGGCGGAGAGGUGCAGAAUAAUUCGACUUACGUAACCAGUCCAGGGUUUCCAGACCUCAUCGAUCAGGCCAUGAAUUGCUCAGUGCUCGUCAAGAAAAUCGAGUCACAAGUCAGUCAACUGCGAAUCGACUUUCUUCACUUCAACAUUGGCCAGCCAAACAGGAAGACGGGAGUCUGCGACAACGACGUCCUCCUGGUGAGAUCCGGCGAGAAGACCUUCCAGCUUUGCGGAUGGAAUAGCGGUCAGCAUAUUUACGUGGACAUUGGCGAGGAGCCGGUGACCAUAAACUUCCGUCUAUUGGGCAACUUGACCUCGCGCAUGUGGGAGUUGCGGGUGAUUCAAUUGGGCUUCGAGCAGCGAGCGCCCGCCGGUUGCUUACAGUACCUGCAGUCAGCCAACGGAACCCUCAAGACCCUCAACUACUUGACCAACGGGCGCUACCUUGCCAACCACGACUAUCUGAUCUGCAUACGCCAGGAGUACGGCAUGUGCAGUGUCGUCUAUACUCCUUGCUCCGAAGACUCGUUCCGUAUUGGUGGACCCAGGCAACCCAUCAACAAUACCUUCAUUAGUGCCGAGGAGGAUGAGGAUGGCUCGGGUACAGGAGCGGAGAUCAAUGCCGUAACUGCCACCACUUGGCGAUGCCGAGAUCGAGUUCUCAUUCCCUGCGACUUUGAGGAAUUUAUUACGCCGGGCAACGACGGCGCUGGGAUCUGCGACCUUGAGCACUGCGGAAAUUCUCUGUGCGAGAGGCCGACGACCGAAGCGGCGGGCAACGCGACGACGAGUGCGAGUGCAGGCUGUCGCGUGGAAAGUUCGGCGCUGCCGUUCCACAUAAGAAUAGCCUUUGGUCCGGCGACCAGCGAGGACAGCGCAACUUCGCCGGAGGACAAGGCCGGCAUGUGCCUGAGUUACGAGCAGUUAGCCUGCGUCCCUUGAAUUAUUGCGUUAACUCGGGCGACUCGCGCACACGCGCCAGCAGGCAGCACUUCAACAGCAGCCCUACUUCGACUCUCUCGGCGAGUUUCGCACACCGCAGCCUCGUCCACCGAGUUCCCGACUCGUCUCUGCCGCGAGACGGAAAAUCCUCGUGCGGCUCCCGUUCGCCGGCGUUCCUGCUCGCUUCGAAUAAUCUUGAUGAAAUUGCCGUGCAUUUUCGCGCGAUCUCUGCUCCAUCCGUAGCACCACUCGCGCGCUAUACCCCCAUCAGCUACGCACGCAACAGUUCUUCCCAAAUGGGCCUCUUUGUUAUCAUGGGAAUAGACCGUGAAAGCGGCUUGAUAAUGAUGCAACUAUGUCUUUAACGAGCUCGCUAUAAUUGUCUUAUUGUUUUGCUCUACGCGCGACUUCAUUGUUUCUUUCAUCUCGUUUCGAAAAAUUCUAUUCCCUCGAACUUCAACCAAGUUGUAAAUACGAUUCCUCGCUGCUGUGACAUUGUCGUAAAUCACUAACUUACUUAUCGAUUUAUUAUUUAUUUGCUAAUUUAUUUGUUUGAUUCUGUAAAUAUUGUUGACUUUCAUUAUUUAUAAGAUCUAGAGAUUGUAAUUAUGAGGCGACUGAGAUACAUUUUCAAUAAUUUGGGUAAUCAACCGAUAUUACAUCAAAUCAGGAAAUCUACUUUUAUUAAAAUUUUGCGGCGCGCCUCGCUCACUCAUGGAAACACGUCGAGAGGAAACAGAUGGCCAAGAGAGACCACUGACUGCCUUGUAUUGUUAUUCUAUUUCAAAUAUUUAACAACUUGAUUGAAUCCUUACUAAUUUUAUUUUUAGACGUUUGUAACUUUCACGCAACAUAAUGACCAUUCCAAUUGAUUAUUUACUUCUUGAAUCGCGAUCAAUUUUAAUUUUUAUUGCGAGUAAUAGUUAUACGCUAUCGGCGAGAUAAAAACAUACGUAGCUAUCUACGCUUUAGAAUCAAUACGUACUGACGGCACGAUUUUUCUUGAUCGGAUGCCAAAAAUCUUCUGCCGCGAAUCUAUAGCCUCGUAAUAUUCCUAAAAAUGACUUGCGGGCGUGUGUAUUUCUGUCUCUUUCCUCUUUUUCACUUGUGUUUGUACUUGCACGUACAUCAGCACUUCGUACACGCGAAUCCGAGCAAUCAACGUUUUUUAUGACAUUGUGUCCUGUCACAGCUGAUAAAAUUUUUCAGUUUUCAUCAACAGCAACCCGAUAAGCGAACUCUCAAUCGUUCACAUAAUUAUAAUACUAUGAUGACGUUUAUUGUAAGCAUUGUCAUUCUGUAUCAUGAUAUUGAAUAAAACAUGAAAGCUACG